AUGGAUGGCGGGUGGGACUUCCAUACGGGCCUCCCAGACAUCUCUGGUCCCUCCAACACACCUUAUCAAGACAUGCUCAAUAUUAAUUUUGAAGAACCGGGUGCAGCAGCUGGUACUCCGGCUUUUCAGCCCGGUUCCAGCCAAGGUGGUUUGGGGAAGGCGCGCAAGAAAAUUGUGUCCAGACCGAAGCAAAACAACUUUUCAAUCGAGGAAGACAAAAACCUAGUGUCCAGCUGGCUCAAUGUGAGCUUGGAUGCAGUUAAAGGAGCGGGGCAGCGCAAGGCAUCAUUUUGGAAGGCCAUUGAACAGAACUACAAUGCCCAUAAAGGGCCCAUCUACCCUAUCCACACCCUUCGCGGCCUUGAGGGUCGCUGGUCUGAUAUUAAGGAACAAGCAAAUAAGUUUGAGAGCCACUACAACAAUGUCCUUAAUGAGAGGCGCAGUGGCUACAGCGAUAUGGACAAGAUCGCAACAGCCAUUGAGUUGUACAAUAGUCUGGAAGAUAGACCAUUCACCACGAUCCACUGCUGGGAGAUGCUUCGCAACGAACCUAAGUGGAUGGACCUAAACAACCGUGGAAAGCAGGACCGAGGUCGGGUCCCCGAAGAUGUUAAUGCGCCCAUCGAUGUCACAGAAUCUGGAUGUGGGGAAGCCGGGAGCGAGAGUCAGAUUGGUACUUCCAAGAGGCCUCAGGGGAGGGACAUUUCGAGGCCAGGCAAACAGACUUGCUCCAGUGGGUCUCCUAGUGAUGCAGGGUCCGAGUUCUCUUCUACGUUGUCUGCAAUGCACAUUCAGAAGAUGGACUUGAACAGGACAUUUGACGGUUGUGUGGCAAGCAAAAUGGACCGGCUGGUUACCAUUCAGGAAGAGCACAUUGAGUUGAAGAAGAAAAAAGAUGCCUGGGAGCAGGAGUUACGGGACGAGCGUAUCAUGGCUAUUGACCUGACCACUUGCAAUCCCGGACAGCGUGUCCUGUACGAGGCAAUGCAGCGAGAGAUUUUACAGCGCUGGGCUGCACGCAAUGAAGAUGCUCCGUAG